AUGUCUAGAAGAAGGAUUCCAGAAGAUGAAGACCGUCCUGACAUUCCUGAUGGAGUUGUUUUUAAAAAUUCCUUGAAGGCAUUUGAAAAGCUUGUUGACAAAAUAGUCAUUCAGAAAAGGGAAGAAAGACUAGGACUGUACACAAAAGAUGCUGAGGAAAUGGAUUAUGAUAAAUUCUAUGCUGCAGUCCAGGCUCUGUUUGGUCCAGAAGUGAAGUCUCAAGAUGUUAAAACCUUUUAUAGGAAGAUCAGCAACAAUCCAGAUGGGCGUACAGAAUGGUGUGAGAUCUUUGGCUAUUUCAUAGUGGAAGGUGAUGCUUUUGCUGACCAACUUGAUGAAGAAAACAUGGUUUUCCUAGUGUCCAAAAGGCAGCGGAUUGUAAAAGCAGGAGUGAAGAGACGUGAUGUGAUAAAGUGCCUGGUAAAGGUAUCACAGCUGGAUUUUUUGGUAACAGCAUCUCAGAAAGGAACACUAACUAUUUUUACCAGCCAGAUGAGGGUCAUGACAACCACCAGCAUUCCAGACAGUCCAUGGAUCAAUGGAUGUGAUUACCUGAGUCAGCUCAAGCGUGUUGUGGCUGUGACUGAAAGGACUAUCAUUGUCUGGGAUUACAAAUCACAAGGGAGUGCUGUGGAUACUUGUUUUAUCAUCAAACCCAUGGAACACUGUCUACUCUGCAUUUGUGCAGUUUACCAUCCAACAGAACAGCUUGUGAAAGAUGAUAUCUUAAUGGGAGAUGAUGGAGGAUAUGUAAAUUUGUUCACCUUGACAAGUGAUGACUUUGGGCUAAAACAAUCCAAGUCUAAAAAGAAAAAGCAUAUCCAGGUUUUAGACUCUAAGAAAUUCAAGCAUAUUAAACGCAAGCUGCAUGAUGACUGGGUUGUAAAAGUUAAGUACAUUCCAGCCUUGAAUUGUUUUGGGUCCUGCUCUUUGGACAGUGUUCAUUCAUUUGUGCUGGAUGACCUGAAAAGACUGGAGGACAACUUACCUGUCAGGGAUUUUUCAGUACCAAGAGGAGUCAAUGCUUUCACAUACUGUGUGAAAGCCAAUAUCGUUGUUACUGGGGGAGAGGACAAAGUCCUUCGUUUGUGGCAUCCAAACAUCAACACCAAGCCAGUGGGGAAACUGAUGGGGCAUUUAUUUAGUAUCAUGGAGAUUGUCACCAAUGAAAAAGAUCAACACAUUAUUAGCCUUUCCACUGGGAAGGUUUUCCGCGUAUGGGAUAUCCAUACACUUUCACUGAUGCAAAUCUUCCAUGAUACCCAAGCAGGACCCAGAGAUUCACAUAUCUUUGCUAUGAUAUUUGACAAUAAUCAUGGCACACUUAUUACAGGAUCAGCUGUUAUUGAUAUUUAUCCUUUAACACGGAUGAUUCAAGACACAAAGCAGGUCCCCCAGACUCAUGAAAGGAACAUCAAUGUGCUGUUAUACAAUAGGGCCUUUCACCAAGUUCUUACAAUCUGUGCUGAGUCUAUUGUAAAAAUCUGGGAACUGGAAUCCGGGCAACUAAUAUACCAGAUUGAGGAUGGCCAUGGGCCUAGCGUUGAGUUGACAUGUGCAGCAAUUGAUAAAAAUGGAUUUCAUCUUGUCACUGGAGCAUGCGAUGGGACUGUGAGAACAUGGGACUUUGGCAGUGGACAACUUCUUAAAACAUUGCCUGUACCCAAGGAAAACAGUGAUAAUGAACACUGGCUGAUCCAGAUGGUUUACCUGAAGGCUAGUGAGAGCAGACAUGUGAUCUUGGUCUUGGAGUACAGUGGGACAAUCAAAAUUGUUCAGGGUAAUGAAGGUGAACUUUUUCUGUGUGUUACAUGGAGUCUUCCUGAAGCUGUAUCAAUGGCACUACAAGGCAAUACACUGAUGUCCCUAAAAUUGAGCCCCGUUGCCAGGAAAGCAAAUGGAUUUUUUCCAGAUGUUCAGCUAUUGCCUGAGAGGGAUCCUGUGGAAGCAGAUAUGGAGGUGCCAUGUGGAUCAAAAGUGAAGUGCUUUGAUGUGCUAAGAGUCGAAGGCUAUAAUCUGUUAGCAACGGCAAGUGCAAAUAGUGCUAUCAUCAUGUGGGAUUUUGAAUCUGCCACAGCCAGGCACAUAUUCAAAGCUGGUCACACUGUUCAAACAGAUGGACCUGACAUUCUUGGAAUCAACAUGUUACUGUUCCUCUGUCGAAAUGCUCUGUCUGUGAGGCAACCGAGUCAGUCCUCCACCUACAGUUCAGAGCCUCAGAGCGAUGAAACUCCUACACAGGAUACAGAAGGCGGCGGCAGCUCCUUAAGCAUAAAGAGGGUGAAAAUGGCGCUGACCACACGGCUGGACCAGUGCAGGAUGGACACUCCUCCUCCUCCAGGUAAUCCCGCCUCCACUGCGUCUUGCACCUGGUGCCAACCCAGCUUGCUGGAAGGUGUUAGAGAUGAGCCCUCCAUUGCAGCAAAUACUCCAGAAGGCCAAGAAGAAGCAAAACUAUCAGAUUCAUCUAACUUGGAGAACAAAGGAUUACUCAAUGCAUUAGAAGUUAAAGGAGGACAUAAAUACAUACCUAUCCUUGCCUCUGCUCAUGAAGAUGGCUGUAUUUAUCUAUGGACUAUAGAGGGGGAUCUACUCCGAGAAAUUUUACCUUUCACAAAACAUCCUCCAAUUCCUUUGACAGCUCUGUGUACUGACGAAUCUGCUAUAAUGCUUUUUGCAGCUAACAAAGAGGGGCUUGUCAUACGAUGGAAUAUUGGUUCAUUCUUAGAAGAUCCACUGGAUACCAACAAGCAUGUAAAGCAACAACUUUGCUGGCGAGCUCAUUCCAGCAAAAUAGUCAGCCUGUUCUAUGAUGAAGAAAGGGACUUAGUAGUCACUGCCUCUACUGAUGGCUCUGUCAGGCUAUGGCAUGGACAUAGUGGACACUACAUUGGUUAUUUUGGUCAGCGGCGAUUGUUUGAACUCUCUGAAUCCACUGAUAUAAUUUUGCCAUGUGACGUAAAUGACUUUCCCUUCACAAUAAAAGAUGACAGCAAGUAUAUGGACAAAAAGCAGAAGUUUGAAUAUCCGCUAGUGCUUGACCGGGAAAAGUGGAAGACAUUGACUAGAAGCUCUUUAUCUUUCAAAAGGCCUGGACUUCUGGCAGUGGAACAGGAUUUCAAGUUUUUCAAAGCUCUGGCUUCUCCUAAGAUUCACAAAUGCCCCCUGGAAAGCUUCAAAUCUGGAAACAAAGAUAGUGGUAUUGUGUUUGGGUCAAUACCUAUAUACAGGCUACUGGCAGAGAGAGGCAAGGAAAUCUCUCAAGAGGACAAGGUGUACAUUAUACUAUGUUCACUGUCGGAGAAAUACGACCUCCUCGUCUCUGUGUUAGAAAAUUUAGAGCCGGCAGCACUUACUCUCGAUUAUUUGUCUGGGAGGCUCUUACAAGAAGAAGAUAAGAUGCUGCAUCAACGAGAGUUGGCAGUCUGCCAUUCCGGUAAUGGUGCCAGAAAGUCCGGGAAUGGUGCCAGCUACUCCGGGAACCGAGCCAGUCAGUCCAGAUCAUAUAAAAAGGUUUUGCACUCGGAAGACAGAAAGAGCCACCGACGCUCUCAAGGAAGGAGGCAAGCCUAA